CCGCACCUUUCGGGUCACACGGCGACCUCGGGCGGCGGGUAGCGUCGGCCGGGCAUGGCGGCGUGGAGCCCGGCCGCGGCAGCGCUUCUGCUCCGCCAGAUCCGCGGGCUUCCUCCUCUCCACUGUGUCCAGCGGAUGUUUGCCUCGCAGACUGAUGGGGAGCUCAAAGUGACCCAGAUUCUCCAAGAAAAGUUUCCUCGAGCUACAGCUAUCAAAGUCACUGACAUUUCAGGAGGCUGCGGGGCAAUGUAUGAGAUCCAGAUAGAGUCAGAAGAAUUUAAGGAGAAGAGGACUGUGCAACAGCACCAGAUGGUAAAUCAGGCGCUAAAAGAAGAAAUCAAAGGAAUGCACGGAUUGCGGAUAUUUACCUCUAUCCCCAAACACUGACCACGCCCUGGCUGAACAGAUGCUGCUGCUUAAACCUUGGAGGAACUUGACCAGUCUUUCCCAGGCAUUUGCCAAAAAAUGUAUCUAUUUUGUUCAUAGACAUUUCCAUAUUAUAAUUAAAGAAGAAUAUGUUAUCUAUUUAGAUGUGAAUUAAAGACAACAGACAACUUA